UUGACAGGCUGAUGCCUAGGAGUUGUUGAAGAAAUUACUCUCUUAAUCCUUUGCAACUUUCUCCUGCUGUGAUAAAAAGCUAGAGGUUAGCAGUCGUGUUUUCCUACGAUAAUGACCUCUAUUACUUCUCAUCAGUCUGAUGAUCUGAUUUUCUUUGUGAAUGGAAAAAAGCUACUUUCCUUCCUAGUCUGCCUGACAGGAACCAAAUAUGGCUGUGGAACAGGAGGCUGUGGGGCCUGCACAGUGAUGAUAUCAAAAUACAACCCAGUCACCAAGAAGAUCCGCCAUUAUUCUGCCACUGCCUGCCUGGUUCCUAUAUGUUCUCUCCAUGGUGCUGCAGUCACCACAGUGGAAGGCAUUGGAAGCAUCAGAACCAGGAUUCAUCCAGUUCAGGAGAGGCUUGCUAAAUGCCAUGGCACUCAGUGUGGAUUCUGUAGCCCAGGAAUGGUGAUGUCCAUAUACACUCUACUGAGGAACUACCCAGAUCCAACCACAGAUCAGUUAAUGGAAACUCUUAGUGGUAAUUUGUGCCGAUGUACUGGAUACCGACCAAUUGUAGAAAGUGGGAAGACUUUCUGUGAGGAAUCAACUGUUUGUCAACUGCAAGGGACAGGAAAAUGUUGCAUGGAUCAAGAGGAAAAGCAGUUCUACCUAGAUAAGAAGGAAAAGAUGUGUACUAAGCUGUAUGAUGAAAGUGAAUUCCGACCCUUUGAUCCAUCCCAGGAGCCUAUAUUUCCACCUGAGCUAAUAAGGAUGGCAGAAGAUCCCCAAAAGAAAACUCUUAUUUUCUGUGGAGAGAGGGUUAUGUGGAUAUCCCCUGCUAAUAUGAGUGAACUUUUGGAGCUAAGAAUGAAGUACCCUACAGCACCCCUUGUCAUGGGUAACACCACAGUAGGACUAAAUAAGAAAUUAAAAGGAGAAUUCCACCCUAUUAUUAUAUCUCCAACUGGACUUACAGAAUUAAAUUUUGUGGAUUUUACAGAUGAUGGUAUAACAAUAGGUGCUGGAUGUACCCUGGCUGAAAUGAAAGAAAUUUUGGCUUCCACAGUUUCAAAGGAGCCAAAAGAGAAGACUAAAACAUACCGUGCUCUCCUAAAGCACUUGCGAACAUUGGCAGGACAGCAGAUCCGAAACAUGGCUACUUUAGGAGGGCAUGUGGCAAGCAAACAUGAUUAUUCUGAUAUCAACCCCAUUCUGUCAGCAGGGAAGACCAUCCUCAAUUUAAUCUCCAAAGUAUUUUCUCCAGCAGAAGGCAAAUGUCAAAUCCUGAUAGAGGAAUUUUUAACCACAACAUCUCUCAAAGAAGAACUUCAUGACGGAGAGGUUAUCUACUCUGUUGUUAUUCCCCAACUCUCUUCAUCGAUUGCCCAUGUCUAUGUCAUCACAAUUGGCCAUUUGGAAAACAAAAAGAUUAAAUUACUGUUUAAGAGAAUAGGUUAUUGCUACAACAGUCAAAUCAACUACCUCACCAGAGAGGCAUUUCAGUUCCCUCAUAGGGAAUGGGACUUUAUAACAGCCCAACGACAAGCACAGCGUUUUGAAAAUGCAUUUGCAAUUGUUAAUGCUGGAAUGAGUGUCCAAUUUGGAGAAGGCACAAACAUUAUUAAGGACCUUAAGAUGUUCUUUGGAAGGGUUGGUCCUACCACAGUCUCAGCAAGCAAAACUUGUGAGCAGCUUAUUGGCAAACAAUGGAAUGAUGAAAUGUUGAGUGAAGCAUGCAGAUUGGUGCUGGAUGAAAUCCGCAUUCCACCAACAGCUGUAGGAGGCAUGGUAGAAUACAAAAGAACCUUGAUUAUCAGUUUCAUCUUCAAAUUCUACCUCAAAGUGCUAAGAGAACUGCAUAAGCUGGAUCCCAGAAUGUUCCCAGAAAUCCCAGGAACUUCCAAAAGUGCUCUGGAAGAGUUUGCCAUCAAGAUUCCACAGGGAAUACAAAUGUUCCAGUGUGUAGAUCCCCACCAACCUCCCCAAGAUCCAGUUGGACAUCCAGUCAUGCACCAGUCAGGGCUUAAACAUGCCACUGGGGAAUCUGUCUAUAAUGAUGACAUACUCCGAGUGGAUGAAGAACUUCUUCUGGCUGUAGUGACCAGUACCAGAGCUCAUGCAAAAAUCUUGUCAAUUGAUGUUUCAGAGGCCCUUGAAUUUCCAGGUGUUGUGGAUGUGAUAACUGCCAAAGAUGUCCCAGGAGAAAACAUCAAGGAAGGGGAGAUAUGAUAUGCAGAAAAUGAGGUGAUUUGCGUAGGUCAGAUUGUCUGUGCUGUGGUUGCAGAUACAUAUGGCCAUGCAAAGCAAGCAGCUGAGAAAGUGAAGAUUAUUUAUGAAGAUGUGGAACCAAGAAUCAUAACCAUAGAGGAUGCCAUAAAAUAUAAUUCCUUUUUUUUAAAGAAGAAAAUAGAAAAAGGAAAUGUAGACAAAGCAUUUAAAUAUGUAGAUGAAAUAAUUGAAGGUGAAGUCCAUGUUGAAGGGCAAGAACAUUUUUAUAUGGAAACACAAACUAUCCUGGUACACCCAACAAGAGAAGAUAAAGAAAUGGUGAUACACGCAGGAAUGCAGUAUCCAACUCAUGUUCAGAAUUUCGUAGCUGCUGCUUUGGGUGUCCCAAGGAGCAGGAUCAUGUGCCACAUGAAACGAACUGGUGGAGCCUUUGGAGGGAAAGUGACCAAGCCUGCUGUGCUGGAAGCUGUGGCUGCAGUGGCUGCUCACAAGCUCAGUCAGGAGGAGCUAUGUGGCUCAGUGGAGAGAGUUGCUAGUCGAGAACUGAAAAUACCCUCCUCAUACAUACACCUUUCUGAAACAAGUACUACCACCGUGCCCAAUGCCACCUAUACGGCUGGAUCUAUGGGAACAGAUAUCAAUGGAAGAGCAGUGCAGAUUUCUCAAGCUUUCAUGGAUUCCAUCAGUCUUUCAGCUACUGGAUAUUUCAGGGGCUAUCAGACAUAUAUGGACUGGGAGAAGGAAGAAGGUAAUCCAUAUCCAUAUUUUGUUUAUGGAGCAAGCUGUUCUGAAGUUGAGAUUGACUGUCUGACUGGAGCUCAUAAGAAAUCUGAAGUGGAGAUGGCCUCAUCCAUCUUCCUUCUUAAAGCUGGAAGCCAGAAGCACCCAAAGACACUGUAG